GUGCUUCCUCAAUGGUAGGGAGGCGAGCAGGCCAGAGGUGGAUGAACGCAGUGCCCUUGCUUGGGUGUAGGGCCUGAUCAGAGCCUGGAGGUACUGCGGUGCCGUUCCCCUCACAGCUCCGUAGGCAAGCACCAUGGUCUUGUAGCGGAUGCGAGCUUCAACUGGAAGCCAGUGGAGAGAGCGGACCAUUCACAGUUGAGCUCACUAGGUUUAGUUCAACACCGAUUGGCUAUUAUUUUAUAAGUGUUUAUCAAGGGAGACCAAAUGCUUGCUAGCUUCCCUUGCAUUCAAUAUUACACAUACAGAGAUGCGCUGUUUUGCACAAUCAGAUGCUUUCCAUAGUGUGAGGAUACAUUCAACCUCUUGCGAAAUGAAGGACAAUAAUUUAUUUUGUUAUUGGCCAAUUUUGGGGGGGGGGGAGACUGGCUUAAAUCCAUGAAUACAUAGCACUGCUGACUAAUGGUGGGAAAAUACCUCCCUCUUUUCCCUCCAAUCACAGAACAACCAUACAUGUAUUUAUGCUCUCUCACAGCUCUCACACACUCAUUCUCUGUUUCAUACCACUCCAUAAGGACAUAACGGUUUGAAAAGAAGGGAUUCCAGCUGUCGUUUGUCAAGUCGUUUCCUGAACUUGGCGUGGCUUUGGAACAACUUUGCUAAACACAGGGAAAGAGAGUGGGGGGUGAAAGAGGACAAAACAGAGGGAGUUGAAACAGUCCAGUGAAAGAGGACAAGGAUAACUCCAGUAUCAGUGCUCAAAAUGGGUUGGUCUUGGGCUCUAGCGUGCUGGUGUGCAUUAGUGCUGGUGUGCUCGUCUGAAGAUAACAGAUCCCUUCCUGGCAUGUUACAGAGAGAGGCCUCCUUUGACAUAGAGGAUUUCCUGCAAAGGGAGAUCACCCAGUACCCGGACACAGACUUUACACCUGGAGUUCGGCCAAUGGCUGGGCCUCGCUCGGUUGGGGAGUCCUACCCCAGUGUCCUUUUCCCCCCUGGCCGGCCCUCCCAUAAAAACCUCCAGGCCAUCUGUCUCCAUAGCAGCCAUCGUCCGCGGUACCCUUCCUACUCCCUCCCCCGCAACGGCGGAGGCCACUUUAUUCGUCGAGCUGCAGCAAUCAACCGGGUAGAGUCCUGGUACAGCGCAUGUUGCCAUGGGAACGGGACACAGCAGGUCCAGGAAGUGACGCUGUGCUGCGUUACACAGGCGUGGGAACAGACCCUGUCCACAUUCUGUACUGAGGAGUCCAGAGUGAAGACACGCCAUCACCACUGCUGCCAGAAGGCGGGCGGGGCCAGACUGAGCUGUUUCCAUAGGGAAAACCCAGACCCCACCUACCUGCCGACCACCCCCAUUCCUGAACCUGGCUUCACCUUUAACCCCAACACUUGUCACAAGUCCCAGCCUGGUCCAUGUGCUGUCAGAGGGGAGAAGCACAAGAAGAGCCCCCAAGCUACUCCCAGAGACUCUGACAUCAGCUUCCCCCCUGGACGCCCCACUUUCGACAACAUCGGAUUGGUCUGCUGCCUACACAACAGCCGACCCCUCUCCACCACCAAGUGCCUGCCACGUACAGGCUUUGGCUGGCUGGCCCGCCAAUCAAAGGCCAUGAACCGCCUGGAGAGAGGGUUCAAACACUGCUGUAAGGGACUGGAGAAUGUGCUACCCUGUGCUGAGGGAAAGUGGCGUGAGGUGCUUGACAGGUUCUGUGAGGAAGAGCAGAAGGGGAGGCCUCACAACUCCUCCUGUUGUGAUGUGGGAGAAGGUGAGGAGAGGUACACCUGUUUCUCCUCCCUCGCCCCUCAUCCAGACUAUGAACAAAAGCUUGACUCUGCUUCUGACGCACCACAGACCCACAACCUCGGCCACAUCUGUGAAACAUACAAGAUCAUCAAGAACUUCCAUGUGGAUCUCCCUGUCCAGAACUUAGUGGACCAAUGCUGCCCCCUGCCAGCAGACCAGAGAACUGCAUGUGUUCAGAUACAGCUGGUGAUGCUGUCGCAGACACGCUGUCUUAAGGGGAAGCCCUCCUCUUCCUAUGUCUUGCAGAAGUCCUGCCCUUCCUCCUCCUUCUCCCAGGACUCCCCUAUGUGCCUCUCCAGACUGCUCAUGAAUGCCAUCACCAAGGCAACCAAGUCUCCACACCUCAGAAAGAGGAAAUUCCUCCUCCCAGGUCCCAGCCCGGUCCGCGUACUAUCAGAGGGGAGAAGCACAAGAAGAGGCCCCCAAGCUACUCCCAGAGACUCUGACAUCAGCUUCCCCCCUGGACGCCCCACUUUCGACAACAUCGGAUUGGUCUGCCGUCUACGCAAGCACCGCCCUCUCUAUACCCCCAAGUGCCUGCCACGUACAGGCUUUGGCUGGCUGGCCCGCCAAUCAAAGGCCGUGAACCGCCUGGAGAGAGGGUUCAAACACUGCUGUAAGGGACAGGAGGAUGUGCUACCCUGUGCUGAGGGAAAGUGGCGUGAGGUGCUUGACAGGUUCUGUGAGGAAGAGCAGAAGGGGAGGCCUCACAACUCCUCCUGUUGUGAUGUGGGAGAAGGUGAGGACAGGUACACCUGUUUCUCCUCCCUCGCCCCUCAUCCAGACUAUGAUCAAAAGUUCGACUCUGCCUCUGCCGCACCACAGACUCACACCCUCAGACACAUCUGUGAAACAUACAAGGUCAUCAAGAAGAAGUUCCCUGUGGCUCUCCCUGUCCAGAACUUAGUGGACCAAUGCUGCCCCCUGCCAGCAGACCAGAGAACUGCAUGUGCUCAGAUACGGCUAGUGAUGCUGGCACAGAGACGCUGUUCUGCAGAGAACCCUCCUCCCCUGCUGUCUUCCAGAAAUUCUGCCCUCCCUCCUCCCAGGACGCCCCUAUGUGCCUCUCUGGCCUGCUCAUGAAUGCCAUCACCAAGG